UCGAAAUGAACGGUUGUGGUUUCCAUUUGUGGCUGCUGGCCAUAGCGACCUCACUAGUUCUCUUUGGCAGUUGUGGCUGUGUGGAUUACCGACUUCCUCGUAAUGUUGUGCCAACGUUUUACAAUCUAACGCUCAGAGUAUUUGUUGAUACUGAUGGCAAGCCGGCUUCAACGUUUAGCGGUGAAGUCAGCAUAGAUAUACAAGCUUUGGAGCAGAAUGUAAAUCAAAUUAGACUACAUAGCGAUCAGCUGGACAUAGAGGCAUGUCGACUGUACAAUGCUAAAGGCGAUUUGCUGGAUGAGUUUGAAAAUGCGCGACUAACGCAUGAGCUGGAGACACAUCAGCUACAACUAACGCUAAAGCAGGCUUUAGCUCUCAAUGAGCAGUACAAAUUGCAGUUCCAGUAUAAAGGUCAAGUACGCAAUGAUGUGUCCGGUUUGUUCAGCGUUAGUUAUGCAGAGGAGCAAACGGGCGCAACCAAGUGGGUGUUGCUAACGGAAAUGCAAGCUAUCAGCGCAAGAUUGGUGUUGCCCUGCUUUGAUGAGCCUGCAUUCAAGGCCAAGUUCCAAGUACAUAUUGGUCGGCCAGUGCCCUACAAUGCCAUUAGCAACACGCGUUUGAUUAACACAACUCCUGAUGGCGUCAAUCGUUUUAUGGAUCAUUUCGAGAUAACGCCUAUAAUGUCUACCUAUCUUUUGGCUAUUGUUGUGUCUGAGUACAAGGCACGAGGCGAUAGCCAAAAACUUGCAAUUUAUACUAGACCGGAGUGGUAUAAUUACACCGAGUUUAGCUAUCAGGUGGCUCAGCGUGUACAGCCCGCCUACGAUGCGUACUUUGGUACAUCUUAUGAGCAACUUGGCAAUCCAAUAUAUCAAUAUGCAAGCACGCCACGCUUUCCAUACAAUAGCAUGGAGAACUGGGGUCUAGUCAUCUUCAAGGAUAAAGUUCUAUUGGAGCAUGCUGGAUAUACGGAUGGCUGGCUGCAGAAAGAAUUCACCAUACGUAACAUUGUGCAUGAAAAUUCACACAUGUGGUUUGGCAAUAGCGUUACUUUCUCCUGGUGGAGUUACGUUUGGAUGAAUGAAGGCUUUGCGCGCUACUUGGAGUUCCUAAUUGGCAACGAGCUGUACCCAGAGUAUCAGUUUGAUCAACAGUUUAUUGUAAGCAAGCUGCAUUCAGUUUUCUCUACGGAUGCACUAAACGUUACACAGCCCAUGACAAGCCCAGAGAGCAGCAUACAAACACCAGCUGAUAUUAAAUACAAAUUUGGUAGAAUUUCAUUUGCCAAGGCCGCUUGCAUUGUGCGCAUGUGGCGCAAUUUAAUGGGUGGCGAAAACUUUGAUAAAGCCAUGAGAGCCUAUCUGAAGGAAUUCCACUUGAAAAAUGCCUCACCAAGCGAUUUGUUUGCUUUUUUGGAACAAUACUGGCCUGAACAGCCUUUGGUUUACUUGCCCCAGUUCUUUGCCGACUUCACUGAGCAAGUGGGAUAUCCUGUAGUCAGAGUGAGCGCAAGCCUUGAGAAUCAUCAGAUUACAUUGGAUCAAGAACGCUUUCUCAAAAGUCCUGGGGAUGGUAGUGAUCCCAAAUUGCGCUAUACACUGCCCAUUACCUUUGCCACAAAUUUGCAGCCUAAUUUCAAGAAUCUUACACCGCACUUUUACUACGAUAAGAAUGCAGAUGUUGCACAAUUGUAUUUCAAUGACCCAAUUGACUGGAUUGUGGUGAAUCUGCAGCAGUCGAAUUACUAUCGCGUAUUUUACGACACACCAUUGCUUAAGGCACUGCAUAAGGCGCUGGACACUACUGAACACAGUGCCAUAGUCGUUGAGAAUCGUGCAAUGAUCGUAGAUGAUCUCUUGAACUUUGCUUAUGUAGGCAAAAUGGAUUAUGCUGACGUUUUUGAGUUUAUGGAGUACAUGAGCAAGGAAGGCGAAUAUAUACCUUGGGUAGCCGCUUAUGCGGGCAUGGAACUCGUUGCCAGACGUCUGACACCACAGCAGCUGCCUAACUUUAACAAAUACCUUAAAGAUAUAACAACUGCAGUGUUUGCCAAGCUGGGCGUAAGCUGGAGUUCCAAAGAUAAGGUCUUGGACGUAUACAAUCGCAACAUGCAAGUGGCAUGGCUAUGUAAAUAUCAGCAUACCGAAUGCAACGCACAAGUACGUCAAAGAUUCGAGGAGAGCACCGAAAAGCCAACGCCUGAUUAUCGUGAGACCUUCUACUGUGCUGCUGCUCGUGUCGGCGGCUAUGAGCGUCUGCUGGAGCUCUACGCAAAGGAAACCUUUGCCAGCGACAAGCAGCUGCUGUGGCGCGCUGCCAGCUGUACGCGGGACUAUCAAAAACAUUAUAAAAAUGAAGUCCUCAGCAAGUCAAGAGAUGUGGAGCUUAAGACUAUUGCUCUGGCGCAGCUUUAUCAACAAAAUCCAGAUCUAAUUACACCCAUUUUCCGUAUGAUAGCCGAGAAUGUUACGCAGCUGGCGGAAUCUUUGAAUAGCUGGGAAAAGACAGCACAAGUCUUAAGUGAAAUGUCUGAAUACUUUAGCUCCCGCGAUCAACAAAAGAUGUAUACCGAUUUCCACGAGCAGAACCAUCAGUUGUUUGGCAGCUCAGCACAAAUCCUAAGCAAAUCGCUAGACAACGUAAAGGAGAACAUUGAGUGGGCGGAGCAGCGUUUAGGCCGCCUGGUUAACUUUUUGCAAAAGAGAAACGGCGCCGCUGGUCUAAAGUUCGAAGUGUCUUUAUUGUUGCUGCUGUCGUUGUUAAUCCUUUUGCUUAAGCACUGAUUUGUGCAUAAGUAAGUCAAAUAAAUGUGGCACAGCGGGUACAAAUGCCGUUUCCAUGUAUGCAAU